AUGUCAGAGUGGAAUCUGAAACUGGGAGAUCAUGCCCGAGCUCUUUCGGAUGCAGAGGAUGCUCUCGAGAUCUACCAGAUGUUGCAGUCCCCAUUAGAAGUGAAGGCCUUGCGCAGCGUCUUCGACGCGCACCUGGCGCGGUCGGACAUGCGGAAGGCACGUCUGGUGGCGGCCGAAGCCCUGCGACACUUCCGCGAGCGGAACGACAAACCUGCACAGGUGCAGGCUGUUCGCAUGCUCGUGGAGCUCUACGUGAAAGCCAACCGAGUUGAAGAGGCUUUGACCGCUGCAAAGCGUGGAAUCACUGUCUGCAAAGAGCUCGGCGAUACAGCUGCACAGGCCUCUUUGAUGCUGACCGUUGGCCGUGCCCGCUUGCGUAUGGCGCAGCUGGACAAAGCCAUCGCCAUCGCACAAGACGCCUUUGCGAUGCUCAAAAAGAUACCCACAACAACACAGAAAAUCUGCGAUGACAAGGUUGAGGCGAUGCACGUGCUGAUCGAAGCGAAAUACCAUAAGGGCCAUAAGGAUGAAGCGUUGGAUCAGGCCUUGGAAUUCAAGGAGAUCUUUGAGCAUCAGAAUGAUGGGCGGGCCUUGGGGCAUGCGCUCUUGAUUGCUGCCACACUGGAAUUCAAGAAAGGCAACGUGGAAGAAGCCGCGAGCUACAAUAGCAAGGCACAAGCGAUUUUUGGUGAGGAGUCCGAUAUGGCUGGUGAGUCGGAUGCUCUGAAGAUGAAUGCAGAGAUUCAAUGGAAGAAGAAUGAAUUCAAGUCAGCGAUCCGAUUUGCCGAGAAAUCCAGAGCAUUGUACCGAGAGCUUGGCAAGACGGAGGGCGAAAUCGCUUGUAUGUACAUGAUCUCUGAGAACGCGGUGCGUCUGUCCGUGAAGGAGGGUGCCAAGAUCUUCAGCGAAGAGCCAGUCCCGCGGCAAGCGCGCGAUGCUUUGGAGAAGGGGAUCAAGCUGGCGGAGGCGGGAAUCAAGUUGGCCAAGAACAACGGCCUUGCCACUGCGCCGGAGCUAAUGGGCUCGCUGCUGUGCGCUCGAGCGCAGGGCUUGACGUUGAAGGCACGCUUCGACGAGGCGCUGAGCUGUGCAGACGAGGCGGUGCUCAUCUACAGGGAUUUGGGAUGCUACCAGUUGGAAGCCAAUGCACUGAUGCUGACCUGCGACAAUUUGCGAGCGCUGGAAAGGGUGAAGGAGGCCGCCGAGGCGGCGGAUGAAGCGCUGGCGCUCUAUCGGCACGUGGACGACACGGCGGGGGAGAAUUUGGCCUUGGAGGUGAUCGCCACCUUCCAGGAUGGAGAGAAGCAACAGCGCCUGAGAACGCGCGACGUCGAACGCGCGCGCGAGAGUCACGCGCUUCAAACUUGUUUUCAUUUGCUUCGCGGAAGCGGAGAAGCGAUGUGCACGGAGAUCGUGGAAGGUCAGGGAGGAGAGAUCGAUGUUCAGAUGGAUGGGUUGAGUGGUGAACUGAGACCUUGCAGAGACAGAAGAGACACACGCCUGGGAGGGGGAAAGGCAAGGGGUGUGUCUCACUCGUUUCAGAUGUGUUUCGGGGAGAAGCGGCUGGAGGCUUUUUGGUGCAUCGUGGAUCCGGGUGAAGCCGCCAUGAUGUGGGAGAGGAGUAUGCCGAUGAAGGUCCACUUCCCCACAGCCUUUGACAGAUUUGUGAGAUCUAAUCCAUGUUAUAAAGGAAGCCAAAAGGAGUCCUGGUCCAGUUGGGGUCCUUGUGGAAGACAUUUUCUCAAAUUCGUCCUUCCACCUUGGACAGUUCUCAUUCUGCCGACCCGCGACGAUCUCACGCUCGGCGCCAAAGUGCCCGGCGGUUGGCCCAGCCUUGGCUGA